AUGAAUCGCUCAGCAUCGCUUCCGUCGGCGUCGCCGUCACUGUCGACGAUGCGCACCAUCACUGUCGCGCUGUGCGCGAGCUCCAAGAAGCAUCAGCAGUCCUUCGACGCGCUACGAGAGGCAGGGAAGCUGCACAAUGAGCGCCUUCUCCUGAUGCGGCAGCACUCGGCGUCGAGGCAAGCGGGUUGCGGCGACGUUAGCGGCGAGGCAGGUGAAGCAAGCACAGCGGCGCCGCAGGAGGGCUGCGCCAGUGGCAGCCGUGGCAUGAGCUCGCACUCCAGGAGCCGUAGGACAAGCCGCGCUACUUCCGAAGUCCUGGCGCACCCUGCCCGGAGUCGCAGCACAACCGAGGGCUCGCUGUCUUGCGCCGCCUUGAGCAACUGCCUCUUCCGCUUUCUCAGCUUGAACUACGAUGCCCAGCGGCAUCGCAUGGUCCUGUGUAUCGACGGCGACAUCAAAGAAGUGCACCAGUCCUCCGCUGCCGCCUUCGCGCAGGACGGCAGUAAGGCCAAUGCACAGCAGAGCCCCAGCGUAGACGAGCACGCAGGGACGGACAGCACGGUCAGAGGCGAGGGCGAGCCGUCUCAAAGUGCACUCAUGGACGAAGUAGAUGUGGUGCUGCACAAGGUGGCCACGUUUGGCACCCCGGUCGCCAUCCGCGCGCUUCAUCAGUGGUACAAUGGUGCGCAGAAGCGGCGAAGUCGCCAGCGCAGGGCGCCCCUCAUCGUGGUCGACCCCCUCGAAAAGGUUCAGCUGCUCAUGACGCGCAGUAUGCUGUGUAAGCUACUGAACAACGUGGGCGAUGACGGGCAGCCCAUCGCGCUGAUACCGCGCACAUUCGUGUGGGACUGCCCGUCCGAUGCGGCCUGUCGCCACGCCAGGCGCACGAAUGGGUCCAGCGCAGCCACCCCGCUCGGCAUCCACUCUUUCACGUCGAUGGAGGAGCAGGAGGCACGCGCGAACGGGACGGCGGCAGAACACUGGUGGAUCGCGAAGCCGGACGAGAGUACUGGUGCCGCCUUCACUCACCACCUGGUGAUGUGGCUCACGCGCGACGCGGAUGUCUCGGUGCCGACAGCGGUGAAGGCCGCCCUCCCGACAGAGGCCUGUCGCUUCAUUCUGCAGGAGCUGUAUGUGUACGCGCUCCCAGUGGUGCUGAAGGUGUACUGUGUCGGCUCACACAUCAGCGUGAAGGUGAAUCCCACCGUGAGCCUGCUGAACUACCUGUGGGAGCACACACGCGGCUCGACUUUGGCGGAUGUGCCAGUGGCGAUGGACUCGCAGGACAAGGCAUUCUUCUCGACCGUGGCCAGCGUCUCCACCUCCAGGUCGCAGCCUACGCUAUCUGCCAUGACCAGUAGCACCGACGACGAUGCACUGCCCGCCACAUCCCCAACAAUGAACGCGACCAACGCGGCCGGUGCCCCUCCGUCGCCUACGGAGCUGCCGCAGGGGACGUCGAGCGAAAGUGCCAGCGCGGAACAGUCGCUUAUUGCGUGGGAGUCGAUGGUUGUGCCGGUGGACUACUGGAACGCGUUCUUGGCGCCGGGCACUCCCGCCUACACCGCCAUCAGCAAACUGGCGCAGGACCUCUCUGGGGACGCCGGCGUUGGUCUCUCCCUGUACGGUUUCGAUCUAGUGCUCGUGCCGCAGUAUCUAGCGCACACAUACCAGCGCAAGGGCGCGCGCGGCAUCGGGCGCACUGAAGGCGCAACCGUGCGGUACGAGGGAGUAGCACCCUCGCUGUCGAAGGUGGCCCACCGCAGCGCCGACACCGCAAAGCCGGUGCAGCGGAUCCCUGCGAGCCAUAGCAUGCGCAAGCUACCGGGUGCCGGUGCCUCAGCACCGCCAAGUCCGGUGUCGCAGCUGUUUCGCGCGAGCGACAUGUUCGACCUCGCCUCCGGGGCGCCGACAUCGCUCUUGUUGGACAGCAUCCCAGUGGUCAUCGAUGUGAACUACUUCCCUGGUUACAAGGGAGUCGCCGAAGUGAACCAGCACAUGCUGGAGCUAAUCGCGCUCAAGAGCAUGCACUUGCAAGAUGGCUCAUCUAACCGGGCGUGGCACGCCGACACGGCGACUGGGGCAGAAGCGAAGAAGCGGCGGUGCUCGAUGAUGUAG